GGCCGAGGCAACGGUGCGCGGGCCACCAUGGCCACGGACGAGCUGGCCAGCAAGCUGAGUCGGAGGCUGCAGAUGGAGGACGAGGGCGGCGAGGCGACGGAGCAGCCGGGGCUCAACGGGGCGGCAGCGGCGGCGGCCGAGGCUCCCGACGAGACUGCCCAGGCGUUGGGCAGCGCGGACGACGAGCUGAGCGCCAAGCUGCUGCGGCGCGCGGACCUCAACCAGGGCAUCGGCGAGCCGCAGUCGCCCAGCCGCCGCGUCUUCAACCCCUACACCGAGUUCAAGGAGUUCUCCAGGAAGCAGAUCAAAGACAUGGAGAAGAUGUUCAAACAGUAUGAUGCGGGCAAGGAUGGCUUCAUCGACCUGAUGGAGCUGAAACUCAUGAUGGAGAAGCUGGGGGCCCCCCAGACGCACCUGGGCCUGAAGAGUAUGAUCCAAGAGGUGGAUGAGGAUUUUGACAGCAAACUCAGCUUCCGGGAGUUCCUUCUGAUCUUCCGCAAGGCGGCAGCAGGGGAGUUGCAGGAAGACAGUGGCUUGCACGUCCUGGCCCGCCUCUCCGAGAUUGAUGUCUCCACAGAGGGCGUCAAGGGUGCCAAGAACUUCUUCGAGGCCAAGGUGCAGGCCAUCAACGUGUCCAGCCGCUUUGAGGAAGAGAUCAAAGCCGAGCAGGAGGAAAGGAAGAAGCAGGCUGAGGAGGUGAAGCAGCGAAAAGCGGCCUUUAAGGAGCUGCAGUCCACAUUCAAGUAGCCAGAGCCAAGGCCAAGACCUGGCCCGGCCCCAUGUGCAGUCUGGGGGUACGGGUCGGUCCAGGAGACCUGUGGGAGACUAGCUCCCAGGUCCUGGUCUCUGUGCCUGGACCACUAUGAAAACGCAAACUGUAUGUGACCGGAUCUCAUCCGGGAGUCUCCUCAGUGGUUGGUCCAGGCCCUGCUCCCAUCCGCUGUUCAUGCGGCUGUGACACCAGCCACCAGCAUCCUCUUUGGCCAUCCCUACGUCUCUUGUUCUCUGGCCACUCUGCUGCCUGCUCUAGCCCAACUCCAGCCCAUUCACGCCCCUGCCUUUGGUACCAGCUACUUUCUCCACUCAUCACCUACCCUUAACUAUAGGCCGCCCUGCCAUGGUCCAGCAGAAAGUGAGACCCUCCCCAGGACUCUUCCUUUCAGAUCGGCCCCAUCUCCGCUGAAGGUGGAGGGACUCCUAUAUUGAUGAGGAGAUCCAGGGACUCUUAUAGUAGUGAGGAGAUCCAGGCCCUACUACUCUAAGCUGAUAUAAAUGGGGCCCAGCCAGGCAGGGUGAAGGCCACUGAGCGAAUCUACCUCACAGGCUACACUCUGUCAGGCAUGCCACGGGGGAUGUGAGUGAUAGGGUUCCGUGGGGAGGGUCCCAAGGGGCUGUGGAGAGGGGGGUGGGGUUCCAAAGGGAUUGGCCUUUUCAGGGUAGACUUCAGCACUCUGCCUUGACUCCCCACGGAGUGCCUGAUGUGUUUAUGUGCACUGGCAAUAGGACACGGGGCGGCACCCCUUUCACGCUACCCUUCCUUGAGUUUGUCACCAGCGAUGGCACUCGUCAGCACCAGAUCGCAUGGGGACUCCCUGUCACCAGACAGGCCGUAGUGAAACCCGUGCCGCUGCUCCAUAGCUCAUGUGCUUGCUUCACGCUUUACGUGUGUGUACGUGCGUGUCCCUUGCUGUGUUGUGGAACUGUGACGUCACCCCAGUCUAAGUGAACGGCCACCGGGGCCACCGUUAUGCAAUGUUCCUCGUGUCACUGCUCGUGAAACUCGAUGACUCUUUGUUUUACUACAAUGCCUCAAGAGCCCCCGGGACCCCUGCAGGACUUGCAAAGGUUUUAUUUUUUCGGUCUUAGAACCUGUGAGAAUCGGAGGGGCCAAGCCCAGCCCAGCUCAGCAGCCGUGGCCCUGGCUUGUUUGCCUUAGUGGAUAUGUUUAUACAGAGGAAUAUAAAUUCCCUUUACUUUUGGCUGUUUGCAUUUUAUUUUUGGUUCCCCCCUCUCAACACCUCUCCCCCGACCCCACUCCCCCAAAAAAUGAAAAAAGCUUCAUUCGGUGGUACGAUUAUUUUUUUUAACUAAAAGGAGAUAAAAUUCUA